AGCAUCAUCAGUGUUGUUUGUGCUGUGAUCAGAGACAGAGAAGACCUUCAUCAGUGGACAUCCUGCGGCUUGUUUUCAGGCCCAACCCUCAUCAUGACUAAAGAGGAGAACCUGGAGGUGCAGGAGAAGGAGAGGCAUGACCGGGAAGAGCAGGAGGAGGGCAGGGUCCAGAGAGAGGAAGAGGAGGCUCUGACGGAGGAAGAGGAAGAGGAAGAGGAGAAAGAGGAGGAAGAUGAGGACGAAGACGAGGAGGAAGAGGAGGAAGAAUACGAGCUGGAGGAGGAGAGGGAGGGGGAGGAGAGGACUGAGGUGGACGAUGACGAGGAGGAUGAGCCAGAGGAGGAGCGUGAAGAGAGAGAGGAGCGGGACGAAGACGAGGAGCAUCUGACAAGCAGGGAGCAGGAGGUAGAGCAGGAGCAGGAGCCCCUGUCUGUGUCCGAGUACCAGAGUCCGGUUCAUGAGCCACGACGCAGACCCAUGGUGCAUCCCUCUGCCCAGGCUCCUCUGCCCAAAGACUACACCUUUACGUUCUUUGACCCCAAUGACCCGGCCUGUUUGGAGAUCCUCAUGGAUCCUCGGACCACCAUCCCAGAGCUGUUCGCCAUUGUGCGUCAGUGGGUCCCCCAGGUGCAGCACAAGAUCGACAUCAUCGGCAACGAAAUCUUAAAGCGGGGGUGCCACGUGAAUGACCGUGAUGGUUUGACCGACAUGACGCUGCUGCACUACAGCUGUAAGGCUGGAGCUCACGGAGUUGGCGACCCAUCAGCUGCGCUGCGUCUCACCAGUCAGCUGAUCUCUCUUGGCGCUGACGUGAGUCUGAGGAGCCGCUGGACCAACAUGAACGCCCUGCACUACGCAGCUUACUUUGAUGUCCCAGAACUGAUCCGAAUCCUGCUGAAAGCUGCUAAACCCAGAGUGUUGAACUCCACCUGCAGUGACUUUAACUAUGGCACAGCUCUCCACAUCGCCGCCUCCAACCUCUGUCUGGGAGCCGUCAAAUGUCUGCUGGAACACGGAGCGAACCCCAGCGUCCGGAAUGAUAAGAGCCAGGUCCCAGCUGAUGUGGUUCCCGAUCCAAUGGACAUGAGUCUGGACAAGGCGGAGGCGGCGAUGGUAGCCAAAGAGCUGAAGCAGCUGCUGCUGGACGCUGUCCCUCUCAGCUGUAACCUCCCCAGAGCCACGCUGCCCAACUACGACAACAUCCCUGGAAACCUGAUGCUGUCCUCUCUGGGGCUGAAGCUGGGCGACCGGGUGUUUCUUGAUGACAUGAAGCUCCAAAGAGACGUGAGCAGAGACGACAGCCAGCCUGAAAACCUCAAACAGACUGGGACUCUGAGGUUUUGUGGAACUACAGAGUUCGCCAGCGGUCAGUGGGUUGGCGUGGAGCUUGAUGAGCCAGAGGGGAAAAACGAUGGCAGCGUGGGCGGCGUCCGCUACUUCAUCUGCCCUCCGAAACUCGGUAUUUUUGCUCCCGUGUCAAAGAUUUCCAAAGCCGUGGAUCAGACUCCUUCAUCCGUCACCUCCACACCCAGAACGCCCCGCAUGGACCUGGCGUCCCGCCUCGCCGGAAAGACCAAGAAGGAGAAAGAGAAGAAGGAGAAGGAGAGAGAGAAAGCCCAGAGGAAGAAGUCGUCUGUUGUGAGUCUUGAUCCAGAGGGUCUGAACGUGGAAGUUGGGGAUCAGGUUCUGGUGGCGGGACAGAAAAAUGGCAUCGUACGCUUCUAUGGCAAGACGGACUUUGCUCCAGGGUACUGGUUUGGUAUCGAGCUGGAUCAGCCAACAGGAAAACACGACGGCUCGGUGUUUGGAGUCCGCUACUUCAGCUGUCUGCCCAAAUAUGGAGUGUUUGCCCCGCCCUCCCGAGUGCAGAGAAUCGGAGGCCCUAAAGACGGCUCACAGAACGACAAAUCCAUGAUGAAGAAAGUCCACCAAGUCACCAUGGCACAGCCAAAGCGUAACUUCAACACGAUGCGUUCUCCUAAAGACCUGACCUCUGAGAGCUCCAUAUCCAGGCUGCUGUUCUGCUGUUGGUUCCCGUGGAUGCUGCGUGCUGAGAUGCAGUCCUAACCUCCUUAUCCUCCUCCACUCCUCCACUGGAUCAAUCUCUACUCCCCUCUCUCCUCAUCUUUUACUUUUGCUCUCCUCUCUCUAACUCUCUACACUGUCGUUGGUCAAACUUCUCGUAAUGAAACCCCUCCACCCACCUGUACUCUCAGCCCCUAUUUUAGCCGUUCUAUAGCAAAAUCUAUAGUGCCUUGUAUCUGAUCAAAUGUCCUGCAUUCCUUUAAUGACAUUGAGGAUCCAGCUCUUCUAAAGCGACUCCCCCUAAAUAUUCUUCAGACUUUUUAUCAGCAGCUUCUUAAGCUUCGUGUUGGUCCAUGCUGUUUCUUUAUUCAGGGCAGAAAUCUGCUGUCCUUAUGGAUAUCUUACAUUUUAUCACAUUAGCGUGUGCUGUUUUUUAUUUUUGUUUUUGCUGCUAAUCGAUCUGGGUCUUAAAUAGUUUAGAAACUAAAGCCAACGUUAACAUACAUGCUAAACCUGUGAAAUGCAGUCUCAGCUAGAGUCUGACACAGCGAGGAUGGCGGGUUAGAGUCAAGGUUUUCUGAUGUGUUCGGGCCGUCUCUCUGCAUGCUACAGUCCUCAUUCUGAUCAUACAGAAACCACUAAUCCUCUCAAAACAUCUGCAGAAGAGCUGCAAACCAGAAUACAACCUUUCAAACAUGGAUUUUAUUAGUGCACCACUAUCUUCACUGAGCUGACGAGAUCUGCUGGGUGAGAAAUAUGGAAGAAAAGCAUUGAAAUGCUCCUGUAGGACACUCUCAGCACUUCCUAGAGCUCCCUGGUUCCUUGUCCUUGUCGAGGCACGCAGCAGAGAGGAAAACAGGGACCUGGCGUUGGGGCUAGGCUCAAUCUAACACUGCAUUCACUGCUUUAGCAAGCUUUUGAAAUAAGCUGAUUGUGUAAGCUGGCGUUCCUUACUGCUGGGACUCGCUGUCAGAGAGACGGUUUCUCCACUCAGAGAUCCGGGCCUUUUCCUGCUAAAGUCAGGGCUUUAGAUCAGAUCUCAUCCUUGGAAACUUUCUAAAUCUUUACUGUGUGACAAACUUUGAAACCUGCAUGCUUUAAACUCCAACUGAAAACAGGGUCAAACAACUUCAUGCAUCUUCUCAUAGAGUUACAGUUUUAUCACGCUGGCAUAAUUUAAACCUCAAUAUGUGACCAAAUAGGACGCUGCUCUAUGGUUUAGUUUAACUCCAACAUCUUAUAUCAGUCAUUCAGACUGGGUGAAGGUGUACAGCUGAAAGAUAAGGUUUAUCAAUUCUGGAUUCUUCCAUAGCUACAUAAGAAAAUCAAUAAGAGUGAUGGUUUAGGCUACAUUUACACAACGAUGAUUCACUGAAAGCAGCCUUAUUUUUCAUUUUAAACGUUCUGCAUUUUAACCAUCUUGAUAACAAUCAUGCAAACAGAUCAACUAAAAUGGCCUAAAACACUAUCCUUUAUGGACCAAGUAUAAGUAUAGUCAGACAGGGUUCCAUCAUGAAGGUCCAAAAAAAUUCCAUGGUCUAGGCUGGCCUUGAAGCACCAAUUCCUAAAGUCUGGGUCCCGACCCAUGGGUGGGUAGCAGGAGAUUCUUAUGGGAUGCCAAACCUUUAAAAUGUCCUUCCUUCAGUAUUUAGUCUUAUUUAAGAUUUGAAGAAUUUAACAAAUACAUGUCUAAGUGUGGCAUCUCUUUUGUCUGUUGCUAAAUAUUAAUACCUGGAAACUGCCAGCGCAGAUUGGGCCCUUGGGACAUUCUCAGCACAAUCAGGGGCCAGGGGCUCGUGGAAACUCUACAACCUGCCCAGAGAGUACCAUAGGCUAGUGGCUCUUAACCUUGUCAGCCUGUGACCCUCAAAAUAGAGGUGCCAGAGACCAGGGACCCCCACUAUAUCUGAAGGUGGUUGGACACAACCAUGAACAUUCAAGAAUAGUCGUGUGCAGACAAGGCUGCCCAUGGGGAGGCAUAAAGAUGGAGGUUUGUGGGACCCAGCCAAACUGGGGGCCAAUGGAGGUUAAGCUGUGAAAAGUAUACUUGAUAUUUGACCUGAAUAAUAACCACGCUUAUCAAAAAAACUAAUAUCUUUAUUUAUUCAUUUGUGUAGUGAAUAGCCUUCUUCAAAUGAAAGCUUUUGUUUAAAAACCUAAUUAAAGUGGGUUAAUAAUUGCAAAAAAAUUGUGGAAAAGAUGGUGAAAUUGGAAAUUUAGAUAACACAAAUGGGUUAAAAGUGGCAA